AUGUCACAGUCCAACCCGACAGUGCUAACUCUUCAGAACCACCCUCCAGCAAAUCCUACACCCCCUGCAUCAGACCCCUCUACAUACCAGGUCUACCAUGACGCAUUCGCAGCAGAGGGACAGCCAACGACAACGGUGGGAUGGCUAGAGCGAGCGCGUAAAGUGUCCGACAUUCUUGCGCUAGAUGCAUCGGCCAGAAGCAAAGAGCAGAAAACGCCCAAGGCUGAGAUUUCCUUGCUGAAGAGCUCCGGUCUAACCAAGGUACUGGGCGACGUCAAGUAUGGUGGUGGCGGCGAAAGCUGGGAGACAGGAUACAAGGUCAUUCGCGAGGUAGCUGCAGGAGAUGGCUCAAUUGGUAUGCUUUUGGGAUAUCAUCUACUUUGGUCAGUUACUGCACAUAUUGUGGGUACCAAUGACCAAAAGGAGCGUUAUGAGAAACUCAUCAUUGAGAACAACUACUUCAUCGGAGGAGCUGUAAACCCUCGCGAUAAUGAUAGCCGUGUUACUCGUGCUCCAUCGGGCGACGGCCUUGUAUUCAACGGAUUCAAGAACUUCAACACCGGAGGUGUGGUCUCGGAUCUCACUGUUCUGGAAGGCGUCUAUGAGGACACAGAAGGCCACAUAUUCGCCUUUGUACCGACCAGCCAGCCGGGGAUCGUCUUCUCACACAACUGGAACAAUAUUGGUCUGCGUCUCACAGAGUCGGGCUCAGUCAAGAUUGAAAAUGUUCCUAUCGCUUGGGAGGAUGCUUUGGGAUGGUCAAAGGAAACAACAGCGCCCAUACCGGAGGUCCUCCAGGUUCCCUUCACCGCGCUUCUGUUGCCUACAAUCCAGCUCGUGUUUUCUAACUUCUAUAUCGGGAUUGCACAAGGCGCUCUCCGCACGGCGAGGCAGUAUACCCUCACUCAAACUCGUGCCUGGCCAUUUGCCCAUGAUCCCAAGCCAAGCCCGACGGAUGAGCACUACGUUCUUGCCCGCUACGGGAAGUACUUCGCUUCCUUGCGUGCCGCGGAUACUCUAGCGGAUCGUGCAGGUAAGGAGAUUGCGGAUGCUUUCAAUGAGCAUCGGUUGAAGAGGGAUCUGUCCGCGCGUCGACGUGGUGAAGUGGCUGAAUGGGUUGCUAGUGUGAAGGUUGUAGCGACUCAUACAUCGCUGGACGUUACUAGCGGCGUGUUCGAGGUCACUGGAGCGAGGUCGACCGCGGAGAAGUAUGGAUUUGAUCGCUUUUGGAAGGAUGUGCGGACUCAUACAUUGCAUGAUCCUGUGGCUUACAAGGAGUCGGAGCUGGGACGGUUUUGGCUGUUGGAUGAGGUCCCGAAUCCUACGUGGUACACCUAG